AUGGAAGAGCUGGACCUUCCUAUUGCGUUACGCCGCAGCCGACGAUGCUGUGCGCGCACACCUAUAAAAUCGGAGGUGCCUCCCGGUGUUUUGACGCCUCCAGAGACUCCCAGGAGAAAGAGAGGAGUUCGGCUAUCUGAUCCGGGCUCUUCUAUACUCUCAAGCGGCCUUACGCCAAUGGUGCGGCGCACAUACCUUGCGACUCCGAAAAGUCGACGGUCAGCCGCCCACAUUAGAAGUCCCAGCUCAGCCCCGCGACAGAGCCGGCAUACGGCUCUCAAUCUUCAUCAGACAGUUGAUGGUCGUGUUGAACGUCGGAUGCGACGCAAUGGCCUCCGCGAUUUACUUCACAAAUUUGAACAGGAGAAGCGGCGCAAAGAACAGGCAGCUCAGGCACAGAUUGCACAGCUCAAGGCUGACGUCAGGGCCAGAGACAAUGAGAUUUAUGACUUACAGAAUGCAACGGUCAUCAUGGACACAGAGAGGGUAUGGGCCCUAGAACGGCAAGUUGAAGAGCUCAAAGACGAGCUUUCGAGGAACUCGGUUAAAGAGGGAGUGACUCAGUAUUAUAGCUGGGCGAAGUCAUCAAGUGAUGCCUCAAAAGAUGAUUUAAUGGAUACGGCUCGAGACGAGGAUCAUUUCGGUGACAGCACCAUGUUACAGUUGCAGGCCAGCACACCGGCAAGGGGAAGAUCCUUGUUCAUGACUCCUCCUGCAACAAGUCCACGCAUGCCUGCAUCUCCAUGCUUUCGGGCUACUUCACCAACACCCUCCUCUCGCGAUACUCCGUUGUGUUAUCCGGAACCGGAUAAGCAGUUACUUGAAGAGGAGAUUGCAUCAUUGCAUUUUGAAGUGCACAGAUUGACGGCAACUUUGGAUUCAUAUCAUGCUCUUGGUGCGCGCAUUGGCGAUGCGUUAUCAGAUGGCCCUCCGGAGAGAAGCAUAGCCUUUUCUACCCUUGAGGCUGUUGAGAGUCAGAUCCAGUUACUGCUACAAACCAUGUCCGAGAGGGCAGCAGCAGCUUCGCAUCUCACGUCUGCCAUUAGCGAGUUGGGAUUUUCCGGCGAGGAUGCUAGCGAAAUGGUGUUAUCGCUCGCGGCUGGCUUUCGCGCUGCUCGUAUCGAGCUAGAGUAUCUCACACCGGGAGAAAUUCCCUUGCCGCUCACUUCUCGUGGCGCUCAAGUCCUGGAUCUUUUGUUGAUGCGUCUGAGAGAGUUGACAAAGAAGUCCAAGGAAGAUGACGAGUCAAUUAGCGAGUACCAUGAGAUUGAGCAAUCCCUACGCAAACAACUUGACUCACGAGUCUCUGUCAUGGAUGAGCUCAAUGAGAAAAUCGCGGGGGUAUACCGCAUGCUCGACGAGAAAGACAACCGUGUCAGAGAGCUUGAAGCUGGCAAUGGCCGACUCAAAAGCGCGGUUGACGGCUAUGUUCGUGAUAUCGCAGAGCUUGAAAAGCUCGUGGCACGCAUGGAGAAGGAGCACAGAGAAUUUACGAAUACGCAUACUUCUCGGCGAAAGUCGAAUGAUGAUUUAAUCUUAGCUAAAGAUACUAUCAUCGCCGAACUGGAAGCCAAAAUUGAAGACGCAGUCGCUCAAACCGCAGAGCUUCUCAAAGAAAUGAGCGCUACCGAAGUUUCUCUGACCAGACAAACGGCUGCCAUGAGCAGACAGCAUAGAACGGCCCUUGCACUUCGGGAUGCUCGAGUCUCCGAGCUGCGAUGCGAUAUUGGCAGAGUCAACGAUUCGCUACAACUUGCGCAAGAUACCAUUCACGCUCUUCGGAUAGAGAACAGCGAGAUGAAGAGUCAGAUGGAAGAAGAGAGGAGAAAGGCCAAACACGCCAUGGAUUCGAUGAAGGAGGAGCUGCAAAGAGUCUUGCGAUUGAGCCAGAGUUUCCUUCGUGAGCCUAGCAGUGAUCCGAGCAACGGGUAUGGUAGUAAUGAACCCGAUACGCUUCGGACGGUUGUGCAUUCGGGAGGAUACUUGGAAAACUUGCGGCGGAGAGGGAGUAGGGGUUUGAGGAGGAGAUAUGACAGUGGUCUGGAGUUUCUCAAUGAAGAUGGUGUGGACAUUUAA